CACUAUGCUGAAUCAUGAGGUGAUCAAUACCUACCGUUCACUCUGGGUAGAGUUGCAUUCGUGCACUACGGAAAUGACUGACGCCAUGGGCAGAACUAUACAACUCUGGCAUGUCACCAACUUCCUCAUCAGUAUACUAAGUAUCUAUGGCAUUCUUGUCCACUUAACCGAGCAUGAUCUGAAAAUGGUCUAUGUUAUAAACGCCUUCAUCCAUUCGAUUAUCAACUUCUACGUCGUUUUCACCUGCAGUCAUUUCGCCCAAAAUUGUAUGAGAAGCAAUAUGAUGGUAGCGUUGUUUUCUCGCCGUUGGCUCCAUCUGACAAACUCAGCUAGGAGUGAGGCAAGAAUUUUGCAAUAAUAUCUGGUUGUAUGUAUAUGUACAAAUAUUUAUAAAUAUU